UGGACUGUCCAGGGGAGGCCGGGCGCUGGCUGAUGCUGGACCCCGAGCCCAUGGAGCUGGGGACCUAACGGGGCAAAAGUCAGGAUCGCCCAUCCCUGAGCCCGAAGCUGGAAGGGUGUCCUGAGCCACCACCCUGAAGUCCCUCCACUGGCCGGCCAAGCUGAGGAGAGCCAGAGGGAGGAGGGUGGGGAGGGAGGAAGGUGGGCAGGCUCCACGAGGCACCACGUGCAAGAUCACCACCAGCCCAACCCAGGCGGAUAGCACCGGCCCCGCGUCGGGGGAACGCCACCGGCCCCGCGUGGGUUGAGACCACCGGCUAGGCGUCCGAGGAGACGCCAGCGGCCCAGCACAGCGGAGGAUGAACUCCAGCCAUCCCCACGGGGCGCACCUGCCCCUGCGCUUCUGGAACCACAGCCAGGGCCUGGCCGGCACGGCCCCCGAGGCCCCGGGCCAGGGCUACCAGGCGGGCAGCGGGGGCUGCUACGAGCAGCUGGUCGUCUCCCCGGAGGUCUUCGUCACCCUGGGUAUCAUCAGCCUGCUGGAGAAUGUCCUGGUCAUCGCGGCCAUCGCCAAGAACAAGAACCUGCACUCGCCCAUGUACUUCUUCAUCUGCAGCCUGGCCGUGGCCGACCUGCUGGUGAGCGUCUCCAACGGGUCCGAGACCAUCGUCAUCACGCUGCUCAACGCCACCGACGGCGGCGCCGCCCAGAGCUUCGCCGUGAAUAUCGACAAUGUCAUCGACUCGGUCAUCUGCAGCUCGCUGCUGGCCUCCAUCUGCAGCCUGCUGUCCAUCGCCGUGGACCGCUACUUCACCAUCUUCUACGCUCUCCAGUAUCACACCAUCAUGACCGGCCGUCGCGUGGGGACCAUCAUCGGCUGCAUCUGGGCCACCUGCACCGUCUCCGGCGCCCUGUUCAUCAUCUACUCCGACAGCAGCGCCGCCAUCAUCUGCCUGGUGGCCACGUUCUUCGCCAUGCUGGCCCUCAUGGCCUCCCUUUACGUGCACAUGUUCCUGCUGGCCCGCCUGCACGUCAAGCGCAUCGCUGGGCUCCCGGGCCCGGGCGCCGUCCGCCAGGGAGCCAGCAUGAAGGGCGCUGUCACCUUGACCAUACUGAUCGGCGUCUUUGUCGUCUGCUGGGCCCCCUUCUUCCUCCACCUGGUCUUCUACAUCUCCUGCCCCCACAAUCCGUACUGCGUGUGUUUCAUGUCCCACUUCAACCUCUACCUCAUCCUCAUCAUGUGCAAUUCCAUCAUCGACCCCCUCAUCUAUGCCCUGCGGAGCCAGGAGCUCCGGAAAACCUUCAAGGACAUCGUCUACUGCUCCCCCCUGGGUGGUCUCUGCGACCUGUCAUCUCGCUACUAGUCCGGUCGGUG